CAGACCCUUUUUUUGUCUCUCGAUUGCUGUCUCCCGACCAAACUCCGAUGUGUUCCGUUAUCAGCGACCUAAAGCCUUCCAUUCCAGCACCUGUCUUGCUAGGGAUCGGUGGAUAGUAUACGAUUCAGAAAGCAGACAAGGACAUAGGAGGAGAGAGAGCUCUAGAGAGACAGCCAGGGAUAGGCACAGAGAGCUUUGAAGUAAUUGGAUUCAAUGGACGAAAUGCUGCUGUUGACAAGAAUUCUCUUGGUGGGCUUCAUCUGCGCUCUUUUAGUCUCCUCUGGGCUGACUUGUGGACCAGGCAGGGGCAUUGGAAAAAGGAGACACCCCAAAAAGCUGACCCCUUUAGCCUAUAAGCAGUUUAUUCCCAAUGUGGCAGAGAAGACCCUAGGGGCCAGUGGAAGAUAUGAAGGGAAGAUCACAAGAAACUCCGAGAGAUUUAAAGAACUAACCCCAAAUUACAACCCUGACAUUAUUUUUAAGGAUGAAGAGAACACGGGAGCUGACAGACUGAUGACUCAGCGCUGCAAGGACAAGCUGAACGCCUUGGCGAUCUCGGUGAUGAACCAGUGGCCCGGGGUGAAGCUGAGGGUGACCGAGGGCUGGGACGAGGACGGCCACCACUCUGAGGAGUCCCUGCACUACGAGGGCCGCGCCGUAGACAUCACCACGUCGGACCGGGACCGCAGCAAGUACGGCAUGCUGGCCCGCCUGGCUGUCGAGGCGGGCUUCGACUGGGUCUACUACGAGUCCAAAGCGCACAUCCACUGCUCCGUCAAAGCAGAAAACUCGGUGGCAGCUAAAUCAGGGGGCUGCUUCCCUGGCUCAGCCACAGUGCACCUGGAGCACGGUGGCACCAAGCUGGUGAAGGACCUGAGCCCCGGGGACCGGGUGCUGGUGGCUGACGCGGAUGGACGGCUGCUCUACAGCGACUUCCUUGCUUUCCUCGACCGGGAGGACGGCUCCCACAAGCUCUUCUAUGUCAUCGAGACACGGCAGCCCCGGGCCCGGCUGUCGCUGACGGCCGCCCACCUCCUCUUCCUGGCCCCCCAACACAACGAGUCACAGGAGGGGACCCUCAGCAGCCGGGCGCUCUUCGCCAGCCGGGUUCGGCCGGGCCACCGGGUCUACGUCUUGGGCGAGGGCGGGCGGCAGCUCCUGCCAGCGGCCGUGCACAGCGUCUCGCUGCGGGAGGAGGCUUCGGGAGCUUACGCCCCGCUGACCGCCCAGGGCACCAUCCUCAUCAACCGGGUGCUGGCCUCCUGCUACGCCGUCAUCGAGGAGCACAGCUGGGCGCAUUGGGCCUUCGCUCCUUUCCGCCUGCUCCAGGGGAUGCUGGCCGCCCUCUGCCCCUCCGUCGGGGGGCCUCUGGUGGGUGCUUCCACCUCCCCCGGCAUCCACUGGUACUCUCGCCUCCUCUACCGCAUCGGCAGCUGGGUGCUGGAUAGUGACUCUCUGCACCCCCUGGGCAUGGUGGUGCCGUCCAGCUGAGAGCAUCCU